UGUUAAUGCGUUAAACCACAUAAAGCAAAACUGCAUAAAAUCCUAAUAUACAAAUACAAAGGUUUGGGGUUGGUAAGGUAUUUUAUAUCUUUAUCAAAUACAGUAAAAACAGUUCUAUUAUAACAUAUUGUGACUGUUUAAAUAAUAAAAAAAAUAAUUGUUUACUAAUGCUGACAAAGUUGUGCUGCUUAGUAUUUUUGUGACACCAUCGUUUAAAUUUAAUAUGUCCUUGCUAAAUAAACCUAUUAAUAUUUCCGAACCUUUGAACAGUAGAGCUUAUCUGCGGUUUCUGAAAACCGUUCCUUAACCUUUUGGAUAGGUAAUAUUUUUGCAAGUGAGCUUUUGAAGUUUUCUUUUAAUACUAGCUGUGGACUUUAAUGACGCUUAAGGUCAGUUCUGGGUAUUUAUCUCAAGCUUUGCUCGGACUUUGUGUGUGAUGAUUCUUCAAAACAUUGUUUUGUAUCUUAAGUCAUGCAUGGAUUCAGGAAAACUUUGCAUGUCUGUGCAUUGAGUGACCCUGUGUCCGUCUGAAACUUGAAUGUCGGUCUGUGCUGGUUUCAUACCUGUAGUUGUGUGUGUGUGUGUGCCGCGACUGAUCAAGUGAGCUUUCCUCAUGUGAUCUGACACUGUGUGCUUAAGCUGUGUAUAUCUGCAGAGAAUGUGUAUCGGUGAGACUGUCUCUGGCCCUCGGGCUGCCAGCAGUGUUUUGGAAGCUCGGCCAGGUGUAUGUGUCCAAAUGGCACGUGGGAGGGGCCUUAACUAGCUUCUCUCAUUUCCCUGGCAAAUACUGUCACCAGUUCUCUUUUCUUGUCACACAGCUUCUAGAGAUUAUAUAGCAGAAAUGGAAUGUGUCGGAGUCACUAUGUUUCUGCUCAUGUCCACCAUAUUUCUAAUCAUUCCUGGUGCGGACCCUAAAUGCACUGAAUGCGUUUCAGUGCAGCCCACACAGCACGGAAAAGUGGGGGACUCGAUGCUCCUCAAAGUUGAGACUCAUUAUGAUCUCCAGAACGUCACGUUCCAGGGCUCCUGGUGCAAGAUCAAACCUAAUAACACACUUUUGGUCACUUUCGACAACGUCAAUGCCAUCCUAAACCUGCGCCUAACCAACCGUCUGGAACUCAAUUUGCCAGAUGUCUCACUAAAAUUUGAGCGUCUGUAUGAAGACACACAGGGGGAAUAUGAGCUGCAGAUCAACAUCGUCUUCCCAGGAAACCCCAGUCCAGUUGCUGUCACAAAAAGAGUGACGGUCACAGUCAGCGUGCCUGUAUCCAUCCCCGUUAUUAGUAAGACCCCAGAAUCAGAACUGGUGGAAGACAGGGACAACGUGACUCUGACUUGUUCUGUUGAACAUGGGACAAAUGUGCAGUACAAAUGGCUAAAAAACAGCAUGGUGGUUGGUGCAAGUGAGCGGCACACAUUCUCACAGGAUUAUGGGACACUUGUUAUAAAGCCUGUCAAGAAAGAAGACAUCGGUCAAUACAUUUGUGAGGCCCAAAACCACAUUAGCAGUAAGCUAAGCAAACCAGCCGAGCUCAUUGUGUUCUAUGGGCCUUAUAACUUGGCAGUAAAUUCUGACCAAGGGCUGAAAACCGAAGGGGUCUUCAUGGUGAACCCGGAGGAACUGGUCUUCUUCGAGUGUAUUGCGGACUCCAACCCUCCCAACACCUGCGUCUGGAUCUCUAAGACAAAGAACGGCUCGGAGGUUCUCAUGAUCGGACCACGGUUUGAAGUGAAGCCGUAUGAAUUACCCCAGAGUAAAGAGUUCUUGUGCAGAGCAUUCAACAAUAUGACGAAGAAGCAGGACGAGACCAAGUUCACACUGGUGAUGGCCAGAAUUGACAAAGGAAAUGCAAAACACAGCCAGGAAGGGAGUGCUCUGUCCCCACUGACUUUCAUCACAGUCUCUUCGAUCCUCAUCAUAGUGUGUAUGAUGUUUGUGCUCCUAAGGAAGAGCUGCCAUCCAAGACGAAUAAUAAAGAACAUUCACAGGCGGCCAAUGACAGAGCAGAAAGGACUACACCGCUCUGGUCAUGAAGAUGCAACUGAAGACUUCGGCAUUUAUGAAUUUGUUUCUGUACCUGGGAAAAUGGACUCGACACAGGCAUCCUGCAGGUCUUUGGCACGGCUCGAUUCAGUCAAAGAUUUGCAUACCACCAUCUAUGACGUCAUCCGACAUGUGCCUGAAACUCCUACGCUGAGUCUUUUGAAAUAAGAGAGAGGCGGAUAGUCAAGAGCGCACGGAUGUAAAGACAAAAAGGAGUUUCACUGUUUUUUUUUGUUUUGUUUUUUUCCUGCCAAUGUUUCUCUCUACCGUCACACAUUUUGUUUUAUGCACUUCUUCUGUUUUACAGUUAUUCGUUUUUGUACUACUUGAGGUCUGCGAAUCAUACAUUUAUAAACUUGUGCUGGCCACUGAAGUUUUUAUCGUCUUAAAAAAGAAUAUAUAAGAGAACUAUGAGAUUUUUUUCUGUAGCAACACGCUUAAUGAAAAGCUGAGAGUAUUUAUGUAUAAAUACGGCCGUCAUCUAACAUUGUUUUUGUUCCUGCGUAAUGAAUGUAAAUAUAAUGUAUGCAUUUUGUACUAUGAAUCUGUAUUUUUUUUUUUUUUUUUUUGCACACUGCAGCGUAUUCUGUAAGAUCGCUCGUUACAUUUUUAAGAUGCCACACGCCUGUCCCAUUUCACGGGUAGCAGUUUGUUGAAUGUAAAACAGACAUUUUGUGUCUGUUUUGUUUUUCUAUGUGUUGCACCUGCACCUGUUCAAACCCGUUUAAACAGAUGGAUGCUUCGUAAUUUGAAAAUAAAGGUUUUACAAAUA